GGGGCGGGAGGGCCUCAGCCCGAGGAUUCCGGGGCCGGGGCGCCGGGCGUUCAUCGGCGGGCUCAGGCCGGAUCGGUGCCUCCUCAUCCCCGGGGGAUUGGGUGCGGUGCAGAGGUGGGGUCCUGGAGCAGGACUCCGGGCUACCACCUCCCUCGCCCAACCCUGGAUCCGGCUCGGCCGAACGAGAGGCUGUAACGGGCCAGGGAUCCGGGGGAAGGGGGCCGUCAGGGGCGGUCGCAGGAAAAUGCACCGUCCGACAGAGAACUGGAGAAGAUGGCAUCGCCGUGCAUCCGCGUCCAGAAGGGGACAGAUUGUGCUGUUUCUCUCCAGAGACGAUCACUGGAGUUCGUGCAUUCAUUGAACAGAAAACAAAUCCAGCACUUCGGCCCACGGUGCUGCACCGACCAAUCUAAACCUACUCUAUAACACUUACUUUUCUUCCAUCUAAAAAUUUAAAUGUCCCUAUUCUAUCGGCCUCCACCAGCGCCGUGGCAGUGUAUUCUAGACACCCACUACCCUCUGUGUAUAAAGAUAUAUACCUCUGACAUCUCCCCUAAACUUUCCUCCACUCGUCUUAAACGGAUGUCCUCUGGUAUUGGCCAUUGUUGCCUUGGAGGAGUGGGGAAGGGCACUGGCUGUUCACUCUGUCCGUGCCCCUCAUCAUCUUAUGCAUCCCAUCACCCCAAAGAGAAAAGCACUAGCUCACUCGACCUCUCCUCCUAUAACGUGCCCGGUAAUCCAGGCAGCAACCUGGUAAAUACACUCUGCUGUUGCUAAAUCUCCCACAUGCUUCCCAGUGAUGAUUCAGAGGAGAUUUGUGAGGAUGUUGUUCAGAGAAAAGCUGCAUUUCUCUUUAGAAAUGAGGAUUUAUUUAACACUACGGUACCUUAAACAAUAUGGAGGAUGGAAAGCAGGAGAUGCGUCAAGAGAAAUAACAUUUUCUAAAUGCAUCAAGUCCCUUGUCUUAAGUUCUGGAGAUCUCACCAUACAGUCUGGUCAAAUAAUACUUCAGAAAAUAUUAAAUAUGAGUUUCUGAUUCCAACUCAAAAGAAGAUAACAUGGAAGAUCCUUCAGAAAUCAUUCAGAAACUGCAACUUGCAGGCAAAAACAGGACAAAACAAGAGGAGUAUUACCAAGUUAUGAAAGUUCCUAUUGGAGAGGUUCUGAAAAAGAUUCUGGAGGACUUGUCAACUGAAAAUCUAAGGGGCGAUAAAGGAUCAGUUGUGGAUAAUGUGAAGGAUUUGCUUUUACAUGCUGAUCCGCUCUGGCUUCUCAACAAUUACUGUCAAAGUGAAACUGUGAGUAUUGUUCAAAUGUACGUGGACCUGACGGUGCUUUUGACCCAGUACUCAGCGUUGCCACAGUGUGAGUCCGACGUCGGGGAGCUGCCUGACAGUGCCUAUUGCACAGUCCCUGGGAGGGCCCACAGCGUGGCGGAGGUAUUUCAGAUUCUUCUCAGUAAACUGUCAGUAAGGCCGGUGCAAGCGAUGUCCAGCUCUGCUGCCGGAGUUCCACCCAGCUCUGUUUUGAAUGGCAUCUCCCCACAUCUGGUCAUUUUCUGCGCCACACACUGCCAAGAGAUGCCAUGGACCAGCGCCGCGUCUCGGCUGGCUGCAGACGAGCUGCUGGCCGCCACAGUGCAGGCAUCCAGGUGCAAGACUCUUGUGGAAUUCCUGUGUGGGUCACAGGAGGAAGGCGGGGGAGCUCUGGGUGCUGUGCUACAUCUGAUGAAGCCACAAAUGAGCAAAAACACCUGGAAGUUGAAUCCAGCCACAAAACACGUAUUUCGGUGGCUGCUGCAGAGGGUGAGGAGGCCUUGGCUGGCUGAGCACCUGGACACAGUGCUGCCACCGUCCCUCCUCUUCUCAGACGACUACAGGACAGAGAAUAAGAUUCUGGGUGUGAGGUGUCUCCAGCACGUCAUUGACAAUGUGCCUGCUGCAGAGCUCUUGCAGUAUAACCGAGCACAGGUCGUGUACCAUGCUCUCUUCACUCACCUGUACACUCCUGAAGCCUCACUCAUUCAGACUGUGCUAUCCUGUUUACUCGACCUUCUCCCAGUUAUAGAGAAGCCACACGUCACCCGAGGACAACAGAGAGCAAAUCACUAUGACAAAGUAUUCUGCCUGAUACUUAGCCAUAUGGAGGUUGAAGACAAGAUCCCACUUCGAAGAGUAUAUGCCAAGCACCUGCCUGUCUUCAUUGAAAGGCUCGGUAUUCUGGUUGUUCGGCAUUUGAAACGGUUACAGAGGGUGAUUCUUGGAUAUCUGGAGGUGUAUGAUGGACCUGAGGAAACAGCGAGGCUCUGUGUUCUGCAGGCAUUCCAGAACAUGAUCCAACAGGCUUGGCCCAGGAUGUCCAUGAGGCUGGAAGUUUUGCUUAAAUCCUUACUUAAAUUCAUAUAUGACGUGGCAACUGAUCAGAGCCCAACACCACCCCGGGUGAGGGAGGAGCUGUUACACGAUGCCACCCAAUGCUUGAUUCUGCUCAAUCGCUGUUGUGAACGCAAAGUGACGGUUCUCCUGGAAGGAGUGCGGCAGAAUUGUGAAAACGUGACCGUGCUGGAGUGUCUGCAACGGGUUCAGCAAGACAUGUAACAAGUAUUGCAAAUGUAUCUGUACAGGACUGUAAUAAACAGGCAAAACUUUGUGGUCA